ACAUGCUAACUGUUGACAAAUUGACAAUUAAUAAAUAACAAUGUUUUGUUCAACUUCUUGGUGUCGCUUCUGGAUUAGAAACUAAUAACAAACCUAUUCAAAAUAUUUGAAAUGGUCGUAAAUGUUAAUUUAAACCUCGUUCAAGUUUCUUGCAAUAUAGUGUAAAUUAAUAAUGUGAAUUGUGAAGUGAUUUUAUGGGAUUCAGGGAAUUCGAGGAAUUUAUCACAUCAAACAGGAUAAUUACAUAUUAUACAGUAUUUUAUGCUGAAUAUUUACCUCAACACCCAUAUGUAGGACUCAUUAGUGGUUUACCCAUAGCGAUUAUAAUUAAUGUGGUUAUUUAUUUAUCUGGUAUGUAACUUGAUUGGGACUUUCCAUCCAAAAUGUAUAAUUGUGAAUGAGUUAUGAGUGCGAACUUUUUUUUGUUGCCUUAAAUUCAUUACAUAAAUUCAUAUGACUUCGAGUUUAUUUGUGGGGUUUGACAAGCAGAUAUGCAAUUUCAAAAUGCCAAGGGUGGCAGUAUGGUGGUGUUUAAUGUUGUAUGGUUGGAUUGGAGGAGCUACCAGUCUUGAAUUGAAAGAGGAAGAUCCAGUGUUACGCUGUCCUCCAAAUGUUAAUGCUUCUCAGUGUGUGUAUCGAGGGCACCGAGCUGAUGAGUUUUUGUUUAGUCUGCAAGGCAAAGACGUAACGGUGAACUAUGGUGCAAAGCAUUUAAAAUUAUCAUGCCCUGAAGGAAUAAACUUGGAAGAUGGUAUACUGCCAGCGUUUGCACACCCAACCGCUGUGUCCAUCCUCACGCUCAAGGGCUGCUCUCUACCUGCUGCGUUGGCGCCCGCCCUAGCCGCAUUCAAUCUUUCUCUCCCUGCGCUUACUGAUCUAACUCUUCGUAGUCUGCCGGCAUUGCCACCCAUGACAGUGUCGCUUUGCAGCAGCCUGAACCUAACCUCAUUACAACUAGGCGCGGACCGCGGAAGGCCGACCCUCAUUGCUGAUACGCUACAAGACUGUACCGGCCUCGUCACUCUUCGCCUCAUGGGAGUUGCCAUCGAGGUUGCUGCGCUCAGCUUGCUCCCCGUCUCCUUACAACAGCUAGCCUUGCGCCGUGGCGGCCUCAAAGAGUUGCCACCCACCGCGUUGCAACGCCUCACCAAACUGGAAAGACUCGAGAUCCAGAGUGAUAGACUGCUAACAGCCCCUCUCGCUGCGGCGGCCAAUCUUCGUGCCGUUGUAAUUCACGCGCCACUGGGCAUUCUCAGCGUGGCCGCGAAACUCGAAAAUGUGACGCUGAGCGGUGGCGCCGCCGCUGUAGUCCCCAAGGGAAUAUGUAAUGUGCGGUCAUUGCGACUGCAGGGCGCCCCAGAAAAUGCCACAGCGGAGUGGCUACGAAACUGCGGCCAAUUGAAGGCACUAAUGUGGUUCUGCUCUGCACGUGGGACCGCCGGUCGGAUUCCGUUACCGCCCGCUGCAUCUCUCGAGGAUCUGCAGGUUCAGGGUUGUCGGUUAGACUCAGUGAACGAGGCGUGGCUUCGCGGAGCCCCAGCGCUGAGCAGAUUAAAAUUGAUGAAUAAUGCAGCGACGGUGCUGCCUCGGGAAUUAUUAGUAUGGAAUAUGGCGCUACGCUCGCUAUCGCUUCGGUCCACUGAAUUGAAUCGCGAGUCGGUGCGGGCAUUGGCGACAGCUGAGCUCCUGCAACUACGUGAGCUAGAUCUAAGUGACAAUCCUAUGCUGGGUGACCUUUGCGGUGGUGCGUCCAAUGUCGAAGUAAACGGUGUAUCCGCCCUGGCGAGACUGCGCGCGUUGCGUAUCUUAAGAUUACGAGGUACCGACGCCACUCGCCUCUGCCCUGACUGGCGCCGAGAUCUGCCUGCAUUGAACCUGCUUGACUUACGGGACAACAAUAUCUCCCGUCUUCAGGACGAAGAUUUACAGUGGUCGCAAGCAAUCGUGACGGUCAAGUUUUGUGGCAAUCCACUAGAAACUGUAAGCUAUUCUAGAGAGCAAUACCGGGCCGUGCUCGUCGAACCGCCGUUGGGCGUCAACCUACAGCUAUGCAACGACGACAUCUCCGAGCCACCUCUACGCUGCGACUGUGACGUUUAUUGGUUCGCGCGCGCCCUCCGUGAUCGACCCGACCACGCACCUCCAGCUCUCGCCGCCUUACGUUGCCCCGGAGGCGCUUUAUUGCGGGACAUGCCGCUGGAAGAUCUCACAUGUCCAGUGCCCGCGCCGCCGUGUCCUCGUGCAUGUCGUUGCGCUGCAACGGGCGAAGCUGUUUCUGUCAGCUGUAGCCGCGCCGAGCUUGAAGCUGUGCCAUCCUUACCGUCCGAAUUGCCCGUGCGGACUCUGGAUCUAGCGCACAACGCUUUGACGCGACUCGGUGCCGCUUUACCCGCCAACCUGACUCUGCUGGACGUCUCACAUAACCGACUGCAGUUAGUGGAUUUGGAAGAGGUGGAGGCAGCGUUAAACGCGUCGCGACGAUUGCGUAUUGCCGGCAAUCCAUUGCGCUGCGAGUGCGCGGCACGGGAAGCACUGGCUGCGCUGAUUGCGGCGUCUGGGCGAAUAGAGGAUUGGUCACAAGUGCGCUGCUCAGACGGCGGCUUAGUAGCCGCAUUGCAUCCGGAAGCGUUAUGUGCGCGACCGGCGUUGACGGCAGCGUUGGUGACUUUACUUACGGCGACAGCACUCGCGGUGAUGUCUCUCGCCGUGUUCCUUACUAGUCGGCGAGCCAGGAAACGAAUUAAGUGGUUCCUAUGGUGGCGUUGGCGUGGCGCUGAAUUCGAAUCGGAAGAAAUUGAUGCAAAAGAGGCACGGUAUGAAGCGUUCGUAUCGUUCGCAACAAGUGAAGCAGGUCGCGCUGCAAAACUGGCUGCGCGACUGGAAUCGCAGGGGCGUCGCUUAUGCCUUCACCAUCGCGACUGGGCGCCCGGUGAACUGAUAACAGAGCAGAUCGCGCGUUCUGUUCGCGAUUCCCGCCGAACAAUUGUGCUGCUGUCUGAUGCAUUUCUAGCAUCGGCGUGGGCGCGUGCCGAAUUUCGCGCCGCGUGGGCGUUAACGCAACGCGAGCGCACGCCGCGUCUGCUGCUCGUGCUGUUGCCUGAAUUGACGGUGCCGCGUUCGACGCUAGCGGCAGCGUUGCCCGCAGACCUAUCCGUUGCCGUGGCAACGUGCACCUAUCUGGAGUGGGAUGAACCGCGGUUUUGGGAACGCCUCGAACGUGCGGUUCCUUUACCGCUCGUUUCUGUGGCAACACCUGAUGAGAACGCAUCCAAUGACUCUCAACGCUAUUAGAUCUAUCCAAUACAAGUAUUUCUAAGACUGUUUUUGGUAUAGGUUUUUAAAUGUUUUCAUUUUGAGAUUAUGAUAUAAACUGGUGAUACGGUAGAUGGGUUAGUAAGUAGUGAAUAUUGAUAAACUCGAAUUAUCUACGUUAUAAACGAAUUGUGUGUGUCCCAGGGAACACAUUCGCAAAGCCUUAUUACGACUACAUACAUGUAUUUAGUUAUAUUUUAUCUAUUUGUACUAAAAACAUAAAAACAAACUUUAAAUCGUCAUAGGAAAAAAUUGCUUUCUUUUGAUAUAUUUGUAUAUGUAAUGUUCUUAGUAUCCUUAUCAUGAUAUAAUUAUACUCUUUAAUUUUACCUGAAUAAAUAGAUUUCGGUAGAAGAAAUAGAAUCUCUGUGAGCCGAUCUUAAAAGAUUAGCAUUUAAAUUGGAGACUGAAACAUCUCAAUACAGACUAUAAAUAUUUUUUUAUUAUAUUUUAAUACUGUUAACAUUUAUCGUAUAAACAUUAAGUUUGGGUUGCCAUAUCUAAUAGUAUAUUUGGUGUUAAGAUUUUGAUUCAGUAAUUAAUUUAAUCUUGAAUGGCGCAGUACACAUUAAAAUUGUUAUUACUACAGCCAAAAUAUGUUAUAACGACAUCGAAGAGACUAUUUGGUCGUAACAGCCUUUGGUGUUGUUAUUAAUAACCUAAUACAAUAGAAUUCAGCCGGGACCUUUGAUUUUGGUUAAUUUAACCGGUAUGUUGUUUUAAACGAUGUCGUCGAUUUUGUGUAACGGUUUUGACUGAAUAUUUAAAUGAUUUAUUAGAGAAAUAAUAUUUGUAUUCGAUUUGUAUUAUACAUGAUGUAAGUAUUUUAAAAUUAAAAUUGUUAUUUUGAUAAUUUGCUGCAUACAAUUGCAAUUCUCUAAGGAAUCUGACAAAAAUUCGUUUACCUAAAGACGCGUAGCGUGAAUACUACAGCUUCAAUGCCGAUUCUUACUGGGUGUCAAAAAAACCGGGGCAGGUUUUUCGAAAUUCAGCCUAAACAUAGAGUAUUCUAUUCGAAAACGUCAAAUCAGGAUUGAAAGCUUUCAAACUAUUUUUAUAUAAAUAUUUAAUUUUUUAUGUGACUUGAGAUUUUGGAAUAUAUACCAUAUUGUUAUGUUAUUUUGUUGUAUUAUCACAUUUUAAAUUAUUAUUGUUUGUUAUAUAACAAACGCCGCCUAUUGAUUUUUAUACAGUAAACGCCAAAGCAUACAAUGGCCAUUACAAUCGAAAAUAAAAUAAAAUUAA